AGUUGCUUGCUUAGCUCCGCUGAUUUGCGAUUUCUUACCCAUCUCGAGCUUUGCCUUGUCUAUUGUGAAAGGGUGUGUGUGUGUGUGUCCUUCGGGGUUUAUUGUUCUCUUCGCUCUCACCGGAGGCGCCGGGGUUGUAGUAUGGCCCGGGUGGGGCGGACCCUUGCACGCAAGCAGACUUGCUCCGUUCCCACGUGCUUUCGCAGACGAGGCGGGGUGACACCUGAAGGGCUCUCCGGUUCUGCCCCCACAUCUCUCUGAUUCCCCUUUCCAGGCUGGCAGCGGCGGUCAUGGCCCAGGUGGGGCACAGGGUGGAUUACCUGGCGGGAUUUUGCUGCCCGGUGGGGGGAUUGGCAGCCGGGAAGCCCCGCGUGCUGUGCCACGAGAACCAGAUCUACCUCUCCAAUGGCACCGAGUACGUCUAUGUCUACGACCAAGAAGGGCGGCUGAUGAAGGCUGUCUACAGGUUUCCUGAUCAAAUCUGGCAUGUGGAGCUCUUGCCCCUCCACCAUCAGCUGUAUAUUCUCUGUGCUGGAGUUGGCAUUUAUUGCGUGUCCUUGGACUAUCAAAAGAGGUUAGUGAAGCAGACGGAUGGAGAGGAAAGCGACUGCUUUUCCAGCAUCUUCCCCAUGGGCUGUGAUGCCUGCACUCUCCCUGAUGCCACACUUUGCACCUUCACGCUGCUCAAUGAUGUCUUGGUCACCCUUUCCCAAGUCCGAGAGAAGUGGUGCAUGAAUCUCCACAAACUCCCAGGCCCUGAAGGCCAGGAGAAAUUGCCAUAUCAGCCAGUCAGCCACGUGGACAUCACCACCAGCACAAGCAACGAUGGCGACAUGUCUUUAGCCCACUUCCUCCCGGUGCUGUGUUGUGCAUCUGCUCCUGGCGCCAGUGAACAUUGGGAGGGACUUCGCCAUUCUGGGGGGUUCGUGCUGGAGGAGCCCCUCUUCAGCCUCCUUUUCGGUGUAGACGCUGCUAUGCUGGAUUCUCCCAUGAUCCUUUGUGGCUUCCCCGAUGGGCAGUUGUGUUCAGUGCCUUUGAAGGCCCUGAACUCGCCUGGAGACCAUGGCUGGGAAGACUCGCCCGUCAAGAUCCUUCAUCAUCUGGAGGAGCCAGUGGUCUUCAUUGGGGCCCUGAGGACUGAACGGAAAUCUCCAGAUGUGGAGGAGCAUCCAGCCUAUGGAGGCUUGGGUUGUGACUGUGUUGUGGCUUUGGGACACUACGGUAAAAUGGUGGCCAUCAAGGCGUCUCAAGGAGAAGAAGUCAAAGUCCCAGAGCUCCGGGAGUAUUACCUACAAGGGCCAGUUCUGUGUGCAGCCUGCAGCGGGGGAAGCUGCAUGUACUACAGCACCCAUUCUGACAUCUAUGCAGUUGACUUGGACAGCAACACACCUGAGGCUGAAAAAGUGGAGGCUCCGGCAGGGACCCUUCCUUCAGCUGUGUCUCCUGCCAGCUUGAGUAUCUGCAGUGUGGUGGCGCUUUCCUUAUCUUCCCGGGAGUCAGAAGGAGAAUCUGAACUUCUGGCUCUCUCCGCCAAAGGCCGUCUCAUGACGUGUGGCUUGUGCAGCCCAGAUGAUACACAGCCGCUCAAGAUGAACGCUGACAAAGCUGGGCAGAGGAUCAAAGAGCUGCUGUCCGGGAUAGGCCAUGUCUCUGAAAGAGUGUCCUCCCUUAAAAAAGCUGUGGACCAAAAAAAUCAAGCUUUGACAUGCCUGAACCAAGUGAUGAAUGUGAGUGCAGCUUUGCUUUCAAGCCAGAAUGGUCCGAAGCCCAUCACUUGCACUAUCGCUGCUCAUUGGAGCCAUAUGCUGGUUCAGGACACCUUGACAAUCUCCUGCAUCUUAGAAAACUCAAGCGAAUGCAGCCUGGAGCGGGGCUGGACCUUCUGCGUCCAGCUUUUCGCCAACUCCUGUGACUUUGAGGAAACCACUUCAGAUUCUGCCACCACCUAUACCUUCCCUAUAGAUCAGCUUCUUCCAGGGAACAAGACGGAGGUGACCCUUCCAGUCAGCCCCGCUGAAGGCUCCAAACUGAAUCUGCCUUUCACUGUCUCCUGCUCCCUCUACUACAGCUUGCAGGAGAUCUUAGGCACCGUUUCUGAAUCCACUGAGCUUCUGGAUGACCUCUUUUCAGACGAUUCCCCUGGCCUUGCUCUGGACAGAGAAGGUAUCUGCCUGCCCUUGAGGGAAGACAUCAUUGACCUCCUGCAGUGCCUUCGCCUGGAUGAUAACAAGGGAGUGUCUGAAGCUAGCCCACCUGCUAUGGCCAUUUCUGUCCCUGGGGAUCCAGUUGAAAACUUCUUGAAGUUAUCUCUCAAGAGCAUGGAAGAGAAUGAUGAGCUUGUCCCAAAGGGACUGAGUAUCAUCGAUGAAAAUUACUUGGCUCCAACUGUAGCUUCAAUCAAGGUAUCCUCUGAACUGCUGAGAACAUCCUUGAAGGACUUCUGUGAAGAAGUGUCCUUGUGCUGUAUUGUGCUGCGAUGGCUGCUGGCUGAAAAUGCUGAAGCGGAUGCCCUUCGGAGCCAGGAGGUGGCAGUCAUGCAAGGGUUGGCCCCAGAUGGAGGCAAAGUGCAGCUGAACAUCCGAGAGGUGACUGUCAGUGACCUGAGCCCAGCAGGUCCUAUCCAAGCUGUGGAGAUUGUCAUCCAGGGCUCUCCACUGGUGAACAUGUGUCAACUGCAUCAUGCUGUGGUUCGGCGCAUUCAGAUGCUGUUAAAGGAAGCCCAGUCCCUCCGGGAUAACUUGUGUCUGGGGAAUGAUUCGGAUGCAACAGUGGAGAAGCUUCUUCAGGUUUACCAGCAGCUGCGCAACCCCAGCCUUGUGGUCCUGUGAGUGUCAAGCAGCGACACCCCUCGGAGGAUCCCACUGCCGCCUCUGCCCAGAGCUGGUGGAUGAAGGGAGCAGCAGGCUGUGCACUUUCUGGACAGGAGGCUGAAGCAGGGGCGUGGCAGAGAAGGGGUGGAGGAUCCCAACAGGAACACCCCGGCUCCUCUGGAGACUGAAGGAUCAGGGGCCAAGCUUUCUCCUGCAAUCCCCAAUCCUCUUCCCUUUGAACACAACUAGCUCCCCCGCCCACCCUCCCUAGGCUCCGUAUUUUAUGCCCACCCUGGACGGGCGCCUGGUUGCAUUGUGACGCUCUUCACACGCAGGCAGGUGGUCCGGGUCCUUGUGUGCACGUGCGUGCAGAGAUGCCCAGGUGCAUGUAUGUAAUUUGGAUGGCUAGCAAGACGCUCUCGUGGCUGAGGGUGGUGUGUUGUGGAUUACCCUCGAUGUCGUUAGUUUAGCUUUUCUCGCUUUUGGUGGCACUUAAGGUUGCUGUGGCAGGCAAGUCUGGUGAGUUGUCGGUGGGGAAGGGAGGGGGAGAUUUUGCUGGAAAUGCAACGCCUUUUGGUUCAUUCCGAGCAGCAGCAGCAGCAGCCGCCAUCAUCACCACCACCAAAGGGCUAUGCUUCUAGCUGUGUCACAUUUUUUCAGAAAACACUGUGGAAAAACAGGCUGUCACAUACCUAGGUAACUCAGGGGGUGCUCUUAGUACGGCAUCCCUUUUUCUAAUGGGACAUUUUGCUCCUUUUUCCAAUAUGUUUCCUUUCUAUAAACGACUUGCUUGUCAAUUUCCAAGGCAGAGACUCCUGCAGACUCGUGUAUAUGUGUGUGCUAACCCUUCUUUGCUUCUCAAGGGGCUUGUAUUGAUGGGAAAAUAUCCAGCGUUUGUCAAGCUGUUAGCUCCUGGGAUAGCCCUCCCUUGCUGGGAAGUCCAGUCUUCCUUUCCCUUCCCCUCCCCUCCCCUGGCAGCUUGGGGGCUUUGCCUGCUGCCUCCCUGCUGAGCUAAUGCAGCAUCUGUUUUAAAAGCUGCCUCCUCCUGAUGAAUAAUUGAAAAGCCACACCACCAGCACUCACCGGCUGGCACUAAAGGCCAUUAGGAAACACACCAUCGCUCAGGGGUGAAGGCUGCCAUGCACUUUCCUCUUGUCCAAUCUGGAAUAAUUGAUGUCAUGGCUGCCCUCUGCCCUCGGUGAAAAUCCUCACCUUGAAUCCCGGAGCCCUUUCGAGGCAGAUGGGGCUGCCCUCCCCUCCCAUCCCCAUGCGGCCCUUUCCCUUGUAGUUACCAGGUCAGCCUGAAAAUUUUAAAAUGGGGGAGGGGGAGAGAGAGCUGCUACCACCCACAGGGGAAAUGCCUGCUUUGUGUUUGGGAGGCUGUCCAAAGCCCUGUUUCUUGAAUCUCAGGAUGCCCCUCGCCUGACCUUUCCCCGAUAGAGGCAAGGGCCGGGCUGUCCAAGCAGCAGCAGCUGAAGCUUCCUUGAGGGAGCCCUCUUUUUUUUCUUUUCUUUUCAGAAGCUGCAGUUUUCCCCUGCUUACCUAGCCGUGUCAGGCUCCAUAAAUACACUCACACGCAUCUAUGUAAUUAACCUUCCAAAAUGAAGGUUAAGCGAACCUUUGCUGCUCAAGGCUUGGGAAUAGGUAUUGAGCGGAAGGAGGAGAUAUGCCGCUCCUUCCCCCAUCCCUCCUUUUCUAAUUUCUCUUAAUAUAUUGGAAUUCAGGGGGAUGCUCCUGCUCCUCCUUCACCUGAACCCCUGUAAUCAUGGAGUGCUCCACCAGUGACACUUGCAAGGAUUUUGUGUGGCGGGGGGAGGGAGCAGGCAGCUCUGCUGUGUCUGAGUGGGAACCAAAUAGUGAACAGUCCCAGCACCCUUCUUUGGAAGAAUUCAGGUUUUGGUUACUGACAAUGCUUGUGUGGACUGCGAUUCCCUGCUCCAGUGUCCUCGCCUCCUGCUCAGCAAGUCCUGAGUGGAAGAAUUGACAGGUCUGGGUCUCAGCCUCCCUGCAGUGCUAGCCUAAUUGGAUGCUGGCCAACAACCAUUCAGUGCUGAACACGUAUAGAGGGAGUACACACACACACACACCAGCUCCAUGAGUAGCAGGAAUUGGCCUUACAGACCAUAUCUGCUUGGAGAAAGUGUAGCUAGUGGGUAUGGAAGCUGGAGAACCUAAGGAGAAACGAAGUUCCUAGUCACUGUGAGGAGGAGGCGGCUACUCCCAGGGCCUGGCUGGAAUUGUUCUACUCAAAGAAAGGAAAUCAAGCCCAGACUAAUCAAGUCUCCAGACUCUAUCACAGAAUUCAUCCUGGCACUCAAAAUAUAAUCUCAGGAUCCCGGUCAGAAUACAUGACUCCUACCUCAUUUCCUUUCCUAGAAAGUAUCCUGUUUGUUUAUCAUCAAGAGUGUCAGCCACACUUUCCUCAGCCAAACUGAGCUCUGAU